AUGAUCAAGUGGAGUGCCAUAGCAAUUGUUGCUCUCAGCUUGCUCUCUAAUGAUCAAUUUGUGAUACUGCAGCGGUAUAAAGAGUACGACGAGAGCAACAUGGUGAAUCAUCUCUCUGAACAGUUUGGUUUGAACACUAGUGUGCCUUACAAGCCCUGGUUUGAUGAUGACAAGCAGGUUAUUAGCAUUCUAAUCGCCAUUACCCUAAUCAUCACUGCUCAUACCGGUCCUUGUAAAAACCUUAAGAACAUGCAACCAAACUCUUCAUCAAAUGGUGUCAAUGGUGAUGUGAGGACUGACUGCAGAGAGGUACAGAGAGAUGGGGAGGAUGGAAAGAUCAGGAGGCAGCGGGAGAGAAGUGUAGAUAACAUAGAAGAUGGUUUGGAAGUGGCGUGA